UUAACCUUGUCCUUGUCAUGUGGGUUGAAUUUCUAGGCGUGCGGUUAUAAUUUCUUGAUUUCUUGUAGAGUUGAAGUAAUUCUACAUUCAACUAAUUUGAUAGUUCACAUAUUUGUUGUUUCAUUAUAGUUUGUUCAGUUGUUGAAAAAUCUAAAAAAUGAUGUUUGUAAACAGUUUUACCAGUGUCCAGUGUCUAAUGAAAUUGCAGAGGAAAACUAAGAUGUCUUUUAUUUUUAAAAGAUUUUCAUCUGGAAUCCCAGUUUCACAAGAUGUUGAGACGGUAGAAGCUUUACCUCACCUCACAGAUGGGUUUGGUCGACAGCAUACCUACCUGCGGAUAUCACUUACAGAGCGAUGCAACCUUAGAUGCCAGUACUGUAUGCCCGAGGAAGGGGUCAACUUGACACCCCGCAAUCACCUGUUGACGACGGAGGAAAUUUUGCGUCUCGCAGCAUUGUUCGUACGUCAAGGAGUCACUAAAAUACGUCUCACAGGAGGCGAGCCUACCGUACAUAAAGAAAUCAUCCAUAUCGUAGACAGCCUUCGCAAGUUGGACGGGCUGGAGACGCUGGCUAUGACCACCAACGGAAUGGUACUGACUCGUCAACUGGUGGCUCUGCAUCGUGCAGGACUGGACCUGCUCAACAUCAGUCUGGACACGUUACAACCUGAGCGCUUCUCACAGGUGACCAGACGCGCAGGUUGGCACAGAGUGAUCGCUGGAAUAGACCUGGCCGUGCAGCUGGGGUACACACCUAAAGUGAACGUUGUCGUGAUGCGAGGUCUGAAUGAUGACGAAGUGGUCGACUUUGUCAGCUUCACUCGAGACAGACCUGUAGAUGUGAGAUUCAUAGAGUACAUGCCGUUCUCCGGCAACCGCUGGGACGACCAGAAGAUGGUGCCUUUCCGAGAGAUGUUGGAAACAAUCAGAAAACACUUUCCCGACCUGCAUCCACUCACCAACCAGCCCAAUGACACUUCUAAGGCAUACAAAGUGCCGGGCCACAAGGGCCAGGUUGGCUUCAUCACGUCCAUGAGUGAGCACUUCUGUGGCUCCUGCAACCGUCUGCGGCUCAUGGCGGACGGAAGCUUGAAAGUGUGUUUGUUCGGCAACACUGAAAUAUCUCUCAGGGAUGCGAUGAGAAGUAACUGUAGUGAGGAGGAUCUUCUGUGUAUGAUUGGUGCCGCUGUCAAACGGAAGAAAUUCAAGCAUGCUGAUAACACAAGGAUAUUUUUGCCCAGAACAAUAAAAUUCAGAAUAAACGAUCAAAUCUCAACUCCCUCAGUCUGGAAGCAACAAUGGAACAACCACCAGUUCACCCCAAUCACCAUUUACAAACCUAAUCAAACGCACACUAGGAUGUACAGCAAACUAACCCACGUGGACGGAGAUGGGAAAGCUUCGAUGGUGGACGUUGGUGCAAAGCCAUUGUCAAAACGUACAGCCGUGGCCGAGGCUAGAGUCCACGUCGGGGAGGAGGUAGCGGAGCUGAUAGCAGCCAACAACAUGAAGAAAGGCGACGUGCUUACAGUGGCGCAGUUGGCAGGCGUGAUGGGCGCCAAGCGGACGUGGGAGUUGGUACCACUGUGUCACCAGGUGGCGCUGUCACAUGUAGACGUGAGUGUGAGAUUGGUUGGCAGCACUGUGCGAGUGACAGCGUCGGCUGCAUGUGUAGGACAGACAGGGGUGGAGAUGGAAGCAUUAACCGCUGUCACGGUGGCAGCCCUGACUGUCUAUGACAUGUGUAAGGCUGUGUCUCGUCAGAUGGUCAUCUCCGAUGUGCGUCUUGUGUCCAAGACUGGCGGCACUAGAGGUGACUAUGUCAGAGAGGUUAGUUGAAUCAACCAACUCCCAUGUAAAGUGUCCAUGUUAAACUCAUUUUUUUGGUAUUUUCCAUGUAGAAUCUAACCAACUUAAUAUGCUUGCUAAUGAGAAACGUAUUAAAAGCAAUUACUGAAACUUCAAAAGAGGUAAUUUUUUAUAGGAAAAAUGACUUGGGUAAAUAAAUUUUCUAUAGAAAAACUAAACUAGGCCUACACCUGAAAUAGUCUCAGGCAUUUGAUGAAACAAAGUUUACAUAGUACUUUUAGGGCAACUUCAGACGUACAUUUUUUUAACAUUCCCUUCAAAAACAAUUUCAUUAUUCAAUUGCUUCGCUAAGACAGCAACACACUUUCUGUACAUAUUUUAAGCUGAAUAUGAACCCAGAGUCAGUGUACAAUAUGGUUGGUUUAUGGCUUUUUCUUUUGCCAGAACCAUUAUUUUAUUAAUUCCCAAAGAUCGGCCAACAGUAGAUCCAGUUUUGAACAAAUAUUAAGAAAGGAAUUGAUAAUCACAGAUAAUCACAAUUGAGUUACAAAAUACAAUAGACCUACCCAGUUUGUAAGAUUCUAAUUGAGUUUUUUUUUUGUACAUUGUACAAUGUCUAUGUUUUGCUUACUUCAGAUUUGUCAUAAUUACUCUUAGCCCACUGCGAUCCAAAAGACCUUUUAAGGUUGUCUUAAUCGGUCAGUUGACCAGCUGUACUGGGCGUGGCCUUUUGGAUGGCAGCUCGGAUAAAUUUCACAUCAGUUGUCCUUGCCAACCGAAUGGCCAGUGGUCCUGCCACUUCCCCCUUUAAAAGACCAGUAACACUGACCAAAGAACAUGAUUUUUACAGAAACCAAAUUUUUAUUUGUUUUUAUGUCUGCGGAAUGGUGAAAUCCUAAGAGCAACUUUGAAACUAAAAUUCCAAGCUGAUACAAAGAGAAAGACAGCCACAGAACACUUGCUAGUGUCAGGGACAGCUGAUGUUACCAUAAAAUAAUUCCACAUCGUCCACACUUCAGGCACAAUUUUCAUUGACCAUUUCUUAAUCUUAAAUGUUUUGUUUUGUUACUCAUGUUGGCAUUAGGUUAGUAGUAUAUUUCAUUACUAGGACCGAAAGUGGCAUUUUCCGUCAGCGCGCUCAAGUUUUUGUGUGAGGCGAAGCCGAACACAGGGAACAUCAAUUUCACGUGCGAGGCGAAGCCGAGGACGGGAAUAAUGGAGCAAGUGCCGGAUAAUAACUUUCGGUACGAGUUAUGAACGAUACUUUUCAUCACUACGCAAAAAUACACAAACACAGAAUAGCA